AUGCUUGCGAGCGGGGACUUGGCAAGACCUUUGCUUUUGGCCAAUACUCCCCUCAGAUGGAGGACAGCCCGACCGGCCGAUGCCGAGUCGGUGGAAACGACCACAAUCCCUUCCUGGACUCCCCUAUCACCGAAAGCCCUUUGCCCAACCGGACUCCCGGUCGCAGAAUGCUUUCCUACUGAUCUGAUGCAUCACUGA